CUCUCGCUCUCUUAACUUCCACAAGUACAGCAGAUAGUCGGGCAAACUGAUCAAGUUCUACGCCGCCAUCUGCUCUGCCAUUACGGCGCCCAGCAGCCAUGUCGGAACUACCCCUCCAAGUACCAACCCUGGGUCGCGACACAUUACCGCGGGCCAUGCCGCGCGACGCGCCUCUUACCGCUCCGGAUGCGGACGCAGUCCCGGCCACGUCGAUCAAGGGAGACGACCGAGCCGAAGCAACUCCCGACGCCGAGGCCGUCGCCGGGUAUCAGAUUUCCCUGCCCAUUCGGACACGGCAGCCGUCCAGGGAAGCGAAGAAGCGUGCGGAUGGCUCUGCGGGGCCGUUCUUUGAGGUCCUCUCAUCCGACCUCCGCUACCAGAUUUACCAGCUGGCUUUUGGCCGCAAGAUUCUACACCUCUACUUACUGUAUCGCCGCAGCCUCCAGCCAGAUGUGAGAUGGAGGAAAGGCCAUCAGCCUGUGCCGGCUUGGUAUCCCCAUUCACCGAGCGUGUCGCCUAUGGAUCCGCCUUUUGCCGAUGCGAGUAUGACACCGCAGUGGUACUGGUGGAGCUGCGUGUGCGGCCCCGAGGACCGGAAGCUCGAGACCAAACUGUCUGAUCAGUGUCCUAGAGGGUUCUACCAGACGUGUGGUCCUAAGGAGACAUACCUGGGUAUACUCCCGUGGCUGCUGACAUGCCGAAGAGCCUACGAAGAGACGAUACAGGUCUUGUACGCGAGCAACACAUUCAAGUUCGAGCAGAGGCUUGAGGCUAUGUAUUUUCCGUACGCCAUCGCUACGCCGCAGCUCAAUUGGAUCACAUCGCUAGAAAUACGCAUACCGGACCGUGAUGAGUCCCUUGUCGACAAAUCGUUAGACAAGUCCCCGCGGCCAGCACCUGGAGCACCCACAAUCACUGAGCUUCGCGCACUGAGCCCCCGAGAUCAGUAUCUGAACAUCAUCAAAAGCAUCGCGCCAAAUUUUCCUGCCCUCCGUCGGUUACACAUUUCUUUUGAGGGCUCCGUUCGUAGGGUCCCGGUUCCUCGACCAAAUGUGACAACACUCCUCAUCUCCACUCUCGGUGAGGUGGACACGGAUGAGCUUGAGUCUCUUAUCUUGGGACCCAUUGACGCGAUGCCAGUCGAGAUCGAGAAGCAGGUUCUGUUUUAUCAAUCACUCUAUACCGCACUUCUUUCAGCAGAGAGCCAAAAGAGCGAGGGCGAGGUCAAAGAAGUGGAAUACCUGCGGAGCGACGGACGCCCUGGAUGGACCAAGUUCUGGCGGUCAUUAGAAUCAGCAGAGGGGAGCAAGACGGGAUACUGGGUUUGCAAGCAUGGCUGAAAAGCCGAGACCGAAGGUUGACAGCCUGAAAGGCAGGCUUGUCUCGGUUCAUGUAUAGGCCCCGUCACACGUCACGGUUCGUCUAAGGCUCGCCUCGUUCGGCCGGCGCAUCACAUUAUACCAAGGCAUUUUCAAGUUCCAAACAGACGUCUGUCAAGUUAGUUCACUUCUCUGAUCACGCAGAGCUGUCCUGGAAGCAAGCUUUCUACUUCGCAAGUGCUGACGCUUUGCGGAGGUAUCGGAAGUGGGGAAGGCGAGGGCACCGC